UCGAAGGACAACUACAGUGAGAUCAUUGUAACACCAUCACCUGUUCCGAUGAUUGUGCGCAAUCCUAAAAUUCGAAUAAAAAAAAAAGUACCGGCCGACCAUGAAGUUCAUCCUGUGUAUUAUUUCAACACUGGUACUGCAAGCAUCAGCUUUAAUCCAAUCUCCACCACGGAUAUCUAAACAACCCCCGACAGAUGAACAGUUAUUUCAGGUGGCUCAAGCGAAAAUUAAUGAGAAUGAUAAACCAUUUUUAAUUGAAUGUGAAGCUGAAGGAGAGCCUGCUCCAAGGUAUCGAUGGAUUAAGAAUGGAAAAAAUUUUGAAUGGCCAGCAUAUGAUGAUCGCAUAUCCCAACAACCUGGCAGAGGUACAUUGGUAAUCUCAAGACCACGAGAUGAAGACUUGGGUCAAUAUCAAUGCUUUGCAGAAAAUGAAUGGGGAAUUGCAACGUCUAAUUCAGUUUUUGUUAGAAAGGCUGAAUUAAAUUCAUUUAAAGAUCAAAACCCUAUAAGUUUAGAUGCAAAUGAAGGACAACCAUUUAAAUUAACUUGUCAACCACCAGAUGGUUUUCCAAAGCCAAAUGUAUAUUGGUUAAUCCAAGAUACUGCUGGAGGUAUCAAAUCAAUUAAUAAUUCACGAAUGACGUUAGAUCCUGAAGGAAAUCUUUGGUUUAGCAACGUUACAAGAAACGAUGCUUCUGAUGAUUUUUAUUAUGCAUGUGCAGCUACAUCUGUAUUCAGAAAUGAAUAUAAAUUAGGAAAUAGAGUUUUAUUAAAUGUUAUUUCUUCGGGAAUAUCUGCCAGUCAAAAUAAGCAUGAUCCUGUCAAACAAUACGUCAGUAGGAAAAAUGAAGUUGCUUUACGCGGUAAAAAAAUUGAAUUAUAUUGUAUAUAUGGCGGAACACCACUGCCACAAAUAGUAUGGAGUAAAAAUGGUGAAGUAAUUAGAACUAAUGAUAGAAUAAUGCAAGGAAAUUAUGGUAAAUCUUUGAUAAUUAAACAUGUUAAUUUUAAAGAUGAAGGAACAUAUACUUGUGAAGCAUCAAACGGGGUAGGUGAUGCGAAAUCGUAUUCCAUACACUUGCAAGUUAUGGCAGUACCAUAUUUUACUAUCGAACCUGAGAUCAUAAAUGCAGCAGAAGACGAAACCAUUGAAUUCAAAUGUGAAGCUGAUGGAGUACCUGUUCCUGAAAUAAAAUGGAUCCAUAAUGGAAAACCAAUAUCAGAAGCUCCUCCAAAUCCACGUAGAAAAGUUACUUCAAAUUCUAUUAUUAUUGAAAAAUUGACCAAAAAAGAUAGGAAUUAUGGUUGUAAUGCAACAAAUUCAUUAGGCUAUGUCUAUAAGGAUGUAUACGUAAAUGUUUUAGCUUUAGAACCAGAAAUUACACAACCACCUACUGAUAUUGCCACAGUUGAUGGUAAAACUGUGAGAAUAACUUGCCGUGUAUUUGGAGCACCGAAACCAGCUGUAAAAUGGAUUCGAAAUGGACAAGAAUUAACAGGAGGACGAUAUAAAACUUUAGAUUCUGGAGAUUUAGAAAUUGAAAAUGUAAUAUUUUUAGAUGCAGGCAUCUAUACAUGUCAUGCAUCCAAUAAAUUCGGAGAAGUAGAAGGUUCUGGUAAUUUAGUAGUAAAAGAACAUACAAAAAUUACAGAUGAACCAGAGGACUAUGAAGUUGCUGCAGGUUCUACUGCAACUUUUAGAUGUAAUGCUGUUACAGAUUCAAGUUUAACACUUACGAUCGAUUGGCUAUCUAAUGGAGAACCUAUUGAUUUUGAAAUGGAACCACGAUUUAUACGAAGCACUGAUUAUUCUUUAAUGAUCACAAAAACGACUGAAUUAGAUUCUGGUACUUAUACUUGUGUUGCUCAUACUGAGUUGGAUGAAGCAAAAGCACAAGCUACAUUAAUUGUCCAAGAUGUACCAAAUGCGCCAAAAUUGAUUAGUGUUACUUGUAUGACAACUGAAGCUUCUAUACAUUGGACUCCAAUGGGUGAUAAUAGAGCUCCAAUAUUAAGAUACACUAUUCAACAUAAUACCACUUUUACACCAGAUACAUGGGAAAUAUCAAAAGAUGAUGUACCAGCAACUGAACAAACAUAUAUUGUUCCAAUGUCACCUUGGACUAACUACACAUUUCGUGUAUUAGCAUGGAAUAAAAUAGGUACAUCAUUACCCUCACCACAUAGUGAUGUAUGUACUACAUUACAAGAUGUUCCUUAUAAGAAUCCUGAUAAUGUUAUGGGCAAAGGAACAACACCACAAAAUCUGGUUAUAUCUUGGACAGUAAUGCCUCAAAUCGAACAUAAUGCACCCAAAUUCAUGUAUAGAGUAUAUUACAGACGUGAUAUACCUGGAGAGAAAUGGACUAUAGAAGAUAUAACUGAUUGGAAGAAAAAUAGCUUAGUUGUAGAUAAUCAACCAACUUAUCAAAGAUAUAAGAUCAAAGUGGUAGCUAUUAAUGAAAAAGGAGAAUGUAGAGUUGCACCUGAAGAAGUAAUUGGAUAUUCUGGAGAAGAUGUACCAUUGCAAGCACCAAGCAACUUUACAUUAAAUCAAGUAAAAUCAAGUACAAGCGCACAAUUUUCAUGGAAUUCAGUACCUGAAGAAUCAGUACGUGGUGAAUUAAAAGGAUAUAAAAUACAAACAUGGACAGAAAAAGACGGUGAAAAGGGAAUGCGAGAAAUUGAUAUAAGAGGUGGCAAUAGGACCCAUGCACUAGUUACUAAAUUUAUUCCUUUCAGCAAGAAUUAUGUUCGAAUACUAGCAUAUAAUGGACGAUAUUCUGGACCACCAUCUGAAACUUUAAGCUUUGAUACUCCUGAAGGUAUUCCAGGAGUAGUUUUAAGUCUUGAAGCUUUCCCAAUGGGAUCUAGUGCAUUGUUUUUAGUAUGGACAAAACCUGCAGAACCAAAUGGUAUUCUGACUGGCUAUAGAAUAUAUUACGAACCUGUAAAUGAAACUAGAUUGGGACCUUUGCUGGAGAGAAAACCACAUAUUACGGAUGUAGAAGCCACUAGUGCAAAACUAGCUAUGUUAGCACCUGAUACAAAAUAUCGUAUACAUAUUCGAGCAACAACAAAAAUUGGUGAAGGAAACGAUUAUUUUAUUGAACAAAAAACACGCACAUCUCAACGACCUGAUGUCCCAUUAUUUACCUGGGAAGCUAUUCCAAAAGAAAAUGGAUAUUCAAAUGUAAGAAUUAUUUGGCAACUAAAUCUUAAUGGAAAUCCAGGAAGCCAUUUCUUUGUAAAAUACAAACUCAAAGGUGAAACAAUAUCUCUUAAAACUGAACCAGAAUAUUUAUCAAAUACAAUUGAAAUUCGUGGACUUCAAAGUGGUGAAACUUAUGUUAUGUCUGUCGUUGCUGUUGAUGGCAACUACUUCGCUGAAAGUGAACCGCAAGAAAUUGAAACGAGUAGCGAAGGACCUAUUAUUCAACCCAAAGAAAAUGUCGCUACUGCAGGAUGGUUCAUCGGAAUGAUGUUAGCAAUUGCUUUUCUUCUUUUGGUACUUAUAAUCGUAUGUGUCAUUAAACGUAAUAGAGGUGGAAAGUAUGCAGUACAUGAAAGAGAAUUAGCUGCUGGACGUGGUGAUUAUCCUGAUGAAGGCGGUUUUCAUGAAUAUUCGCAACCUUUAGACACGAAAUCAGCAGGUGGUCGUGCAUCUCUUGCAUCUUCUUCUCAUCAAGAUGGAAAACAUCCUGAGUCUGAUACUGAUUCCAUGGCAGAAUAUGGAGAAGGAGAUACAGGACGUUUCACAGAAGAUGGUUCUUUCAUUGGACAAUAUGGGCCGAAAGGUAGACCGGAAGAAACACCGCCCAUUCCAAGCGGCACUAUGGCCACAUAUGUGUAACCUCUGGUAUUAUCUUAUUCAAGCCUCAUAUAAUUUGUUUUUUUGUGAAAAGUAAGGUUUUCAAUCCUUACUUAGCUGCAGCAGCUCUGCUAUGCACCUUGCGCUGGGCGCAAUGUCCAACAUUAUACUGCCAAUUAGAUUUUGGUUUUGGGUUUUAUAGUUUAUAGUUUUAUAAUUUAGAAAGAUAAGUAAAUAUUUCUAUAUGUUUAAAUCGAAUAAGAUUAUAUAAAUCAUA